AAAAAACACGUGUAAAACAUUUGCAUUUCUAAUUAGUGUUAAUCCGAUUAUCUCACCUCUAGUAACAUGAAUAAUAUGACACUGACACCUAUCGAAAUCCUAACCUGCCGAACUAUUAGAAUAGCGUAAAAGAUAUUGUUAAAAAUAAAUAAUCAAAACAAACUGUUAAAUAUGAAGAAUGGACGAUAAUGGGAAACACGCUGCCUCAUACCAAUUGGACCAGGAAAUAUUGGAUGCUCGAGGCAUCAGCAUGACAGUUGAGGAGGUGGCGGGUCUGUCUACUUGUAAAUAUUCUGAACGAGUCCAGUCGCUUAAGCUUAACGAAGACGAUCUGGCAUUCUUGAAGGGACUUAGAAGAAGGAUCAAGAAUAGAUUAGCAUCACAAAACAGUCGCCGUCGCAGCGUGGAACAUCUACGCCGGCUUGCGCGCGAACUGCGAGCUGUCCGCGCUUGUCGAGAUGACGCCCUGGCUGAGCGGAGAGCGUUGCUGACCCAGCGGGACGCUGUCAGGGACAGCUGUCUAAGAUUGAGGCGGUAUAUUGUCCAGAUCCUACAAGAAAGAACAGACUCAACCGAAGUGCCAACUAUAGAAGUUAAAAAAGUCCAAAUAGAAUCUCAAAUGAAAACAAAAAAAGUAACAGUCGCAGAGACAAAAGCCCCCCUCCUACCAGAGUGCUUCGAGAAAUCCAUAGACAAGAACAUUUUCGAAUGCCGCAUAGACAAACUUGUCCAGCAAAGUGUCAAUCACAUUUUCAAAACUGAUUGUUCAGAAAAGAAAAAAGUUUUCGCGAAAACUGUUUUUAUAUCCAAUGAUAAAUUGACAUCGGAUAUUAAGUCUAUGGUUCUAGAGGGGGAUGGGUUGAAGUUGGUGGAGAGUGAUGACGGGGUUUUGAAUUUGUCUUUGAAAGAGGGGAGGCGGAAAAGUCAUGGGAGGAAGCAGUUGGCGCCAAGAAGGAUCGCCUAUGUUUAUUCUGAUAAUAAUGAUGGCGUUUUGGACCUGAAAAUUAAGAAAGAGAAUCAGUGACCCAUACAAAUCUAGUUAAGUAUAUUAUAUUGUUAUAAUCAGACCAAAAAUAAUUAUAGUUUUAACAUAAAGGGAACAUUUAUAUAGGUAGGUAUAUAGCCAAUAUUUUUAGGAAAACUGUUACACAAGUUAAAAAAGUGCUUUUGAAAUGUCCCAAAUUCAAUGUGACUGGAAUUUAUAUUUAAAACAAAAUAUAAAUUUAAUGUUUUUCGGAAUGUAACUCUGUUUUGUAGAAUAAAACUUUUUGUUAUAAAUAUACAGUCGAUAGGCCAGGACCCAAUUCUGCUAUCUACAAUGACCGUUGAAUGAAUGAGAUUUGGUUUUUAAUUGUCACUCCAUUCAAAUUAUCAAAAUCACGGUUCCAGCCGUUUUUAUGGUUGUAAAUUUCA